AUGGAAACCAGACACCUUAUAAAAGAGCAACCUUCUAUCAGUAUUCCGGCUUUGAGAGCUGAAAUAGUUGAAAAUUUGGGCUAUACUCCUUCAUAUAAGAAGGUUUGGGUUGGAAAGCAAAAAGCAACUGAACAUGUGUUUGGAAACUGGGAAGAGUCUUAUGUCGCUUUACCAAAAUAUCUAGGUGCACUUCAAAAGUUCAAUCUAGGAACUAUAGUUGAAUGGUGUGUUUCAAGAUCGAACGAUGUGGAUGAAGUUGAAUUUAGGCGUGUUUUUUGGGCUUUUGCUCCCUCUAUCAAAGGGUUUCACUAUUGUCGACCGGUGAUUAGUAUUGAUGGCACACACUUGUAUGGUAAAUAUAAGGGUAAGAUGCUAAUUGCAAUGGGAGUUGAUGGCAAUAAUCAAAUUUUGCCACUUGCAUUUGCUAUUGUAGAAAAUGAAUCUUAUGAUACUUGGGAUUGGUUCCUUUCUCAUGUCAAGAAUCAUGUGGUGAAAGACCGUAAAGGCAUAUGCCUAAUAUCUGAUCGUCAUGGUGGAAUUCUUAAGGCUGUCAAUGAGCAUGGAUCUCCAUGGUUAGAGCCACGUAGUUUUCAUAGGUAUUGUUUACGACAUUUCAUCAACAACUUUUAUGACAAGUUUCGUAAUUUAGAAUUGAAAGCUUUAGCUUAUCGUGCCGGGAGUCAGAAUCAAAUUCGAAAGUUCAACUCCAUCAUGGAAGAAAUUGGGAAGUUAAAUCCACGUGCUCGACAAUGGUUGGAGAGUCAUCCACUGAAUAGAUUGACACUUGCACAUGAUGGUGGAAGGAGAUAUGGGUUGCUCACAACAAAUUUGUCAGAGAUUUUCAGCAGUGUACUUAAAGGUGCUCGUUUCUUACCAAUCACAGCUUGUGUGCAACUUACAUUCUAUAGAAUGGUGCAUUAUUUUGAGGUGAGACGUCCUUUAGGAUCUAGUUCUCAAGCUCAUGGAGAUACACAUACUCCACAUGUUGUAAAACAAGUAGCUUUGAUGGCAAAAGCAAGUGCACAUUCCUUAAGAUCUUUUAACCGAGAAAAAUGUAUAUUUGAGUUGAUAACUCAAAGAGGUCGAAAUGUGCAAGUAGUUAAUUUGGAACAAAAAACUUGCACAUGUGGUAAAUGGGAGGCAUUUAAAUAUCCUUGUUCUCAUGUCUUGAGUGCAUGUGCCAAACUCUCUUUGAAUAGUUGGCAAUAUGUUGAUAGAUGUUACUCGAUUGAAUAUUAUUAUGCUACUUGGGCAUCUGAGUUCUCCCCGCUUCCUCAUGAAGCGUAUUGGCCACAAUCACCAUUUAAUGAAUUACUUCCAAAUUUAGAACUAUUACGAAAUAAAAAAGGUCGUCCUCGUUCAACAAGACUAAAAAAUGGCAUGGAUAUUAAAGAAGGAAGAAAUGUCAAUCUUUGUAGAAUUUGUAGGCAACCGGGACAUAAUCGAAAACGAUGUCCGUCUAUGCCAAGGUAA